AUGUCAAACUUAAAGAAAAGAUCAGUCACAGACACUGAAGAAGUACAAAAAUGUAAAAAACAGAUAAAAAUAAGUGCUGAUUCUAAAAAAAAAAUAGUAAGCAAUGCUAAAAAAUCACGUUAUUUUAAAAAUUCUCCAAAAGAUAAAAGUUCUUCAGAUUUCGAAGAUUUUGGAAAUCAUUUGGUGGAAUGGAAACCAAACAAUUGGGAAAAAACGUUAAUGAAUAUAAGAGAAAUGCGUAAAGAUAAAAGUGCUCCGGUUGACACAAUGGGUUGUGAUAAGUGUUUAGAUUCUGAAUGUGAACCAAAAGUCAAAAGAUUUCAUGCCUUAGUAUCGUUAAUGUUAUCAAGUCAAACCAAAGAUCAGGUAACAUUUGCUGCCAUGCAGAGGCUAAAAAAUUAUAAGACUGGUCUUACAAUAGAAAGUAUUAUAGAAAUGUCUGAUGAUACAUUAGGUGAACUUAUUUAUCCAGUCGGAUUCUGGAAGCAAAAAACUAAGUACCUUAAACAAACUUGUCAAGUGUUGAAAGAAAAAUUUGAUGGGGACAUACCUAAUACAGUUGAACUAUUAUGUUCUUUACCAGGUGUUGGUCUGAAAAUGGCUCACAUUUGCAUGAAAACAGCAUGGGAUGUAAUCUCUGGAAUAGGAGUGGAUACACAUGUCCAUAGAAUUGCAAACAGAAUCGGUUGGGUUCACAAGCCAACUAAAACUCCAGAAGAAACUAGAAUUUCUUUAGAAUCUUGGUUACCUAAAGAGCUUUGGGAAGAAAUUAAUAAUCUACUCGUCGGCUUCGGGCAACAAAUUUGUAAACCAACUAAGCCUUUGUGCAACAGUUGUAAAAAUCAACCUUUCUGCCCAUAUGCUAAAGCUAAUAAUUAA